CGCCAUGUGGCCGCCCCCGCCGCUCCCCGCCGGCCUCCUCCUCCUCCUCCUGCUCCUCCUCCUGGUGCUGCUUUGCCGCCGCCGCCUUCCUGCCCGCCUGCCGGCCAAGGGGAAAGCGGUGCUGAUCACAGGCUGUGACAAGGGCUUUGGCCAUGCCUUGGCCAGCCAUCUUCACGCAGAAGGAUUCAUCGUCUUUGCCGGCUGUUUGCUCCUGGACCAAGGAGGAGAUGGUGCCCAAGAGCUGUGCCACCUGGGCUCUGGGCGGAUGCACGUCCUCCAGCUGGACGUGUGCUGCGAAGAGCAGGUGGCCCAAGCCCUCCAAUACGUGGAGGCUCGAUUGGAGGACCCUGCCCGAGGUCUGUGGGGCUUGGUGAACAACGCUGGAAUUGCCUCCUUUGGAGACGUGGAAUUCACCAGCAUGGAGAAGUACCAGAGGGUGGCUGACGUCAACUUAUGGGGGACCAUCCGUGUGACAAAAGCUUUUCUGCCCCUGAUCCGCAGGGCCAGAGGGCGGAUCGUCAACAUGAGCAGCAUGCUGGGCCGAAUGGCCAGGCCGAUGCGCUCCUCCUACUGCAUCUCCAAGUUUGGGGUGGAGGCCUUCAGCGACUGCCUGCGGCAGGAAAUGUAUCGCUGGGGUGUCUCGGUGGUGGCCAUCGAGCCGAGCAACUUCAUCGCAGCCACAGGGAUCCUGACCCGCGAGGGCAUCGAGGCCGAGGCCGAGCGCAUGUGGCAUGGGGCCAGUGAGGCCAUCCGUGCAGAAUACGGAGAGGCCGACUUCCAAGAGAAGCUCUCUCGGAUGAAGGGCUUCGCGCACAGUGGCCUGCGGGACGUCUCCCUGGUCCUGGACGCCCUGACCGAAGCCCUCGCCGCACGUCACCCCUACAGCCGCUAUACCCCCAUGGAGGCCUCCUGGUGGUUCUGUCUGCAGGCCGCAACCCACCUGCCCACCGCCCUGGCCGACUGGCUCUUUGUCAGCUAGGCAGCCCCAGGUCGAAUGGAGAAGCCGUCCCUUGGGGCCUCCUCCGAGGGGGUGGUCAAAUCAUGUCCAGGUGAAUUAAAAGCAAUCAUAGUAGCCAAGAUAGCUAGGUCAGGGGAAAAAAUCCCAAAUCCAUUGAGACAAUCUCUCUUAAUCAGAGUGGCAGAAAGGGUCAUAAGACAGAGCCAAGUUCUGAGCUUCCAGAACUCUCCCUAAUGCAAGAUGCUUAGAUGGGGGCGGGGGGGGCACAUUUUAACAGAAUAAGAGUUGGCAGGAACCUUGGAGGUCUUCUAGUCCAACCCCCUGCUCAGGCAGGAAACUUGUAGAAGAUGUUGCAAACCCUUAUUUGCCUGGUUCACCCUUGAACCCCGAACACCAUCCAGCCUUGCUUGAUGAUGGGAGUCCGCACGGCUGGAAACAUCCUGAUGGGAAGCGGCGAUGGGACCCAAGUCGCCUGCAGAAAAUGUGCCUUGCGUAUGUGGUCCAAACUGUAUGUAAUUUCAACUGACUUUAAUUAAACUACAUUUUUAGAUUUAA